AUGUCAAACCGCCGAAUGCCAGCUGAUGUCGAUCAAACUCAUUCCGCAAACCUUUCAUCCGGUUCGAGCGAACAACUACAAGAUGACCAGCCCCACACUCAAGCACAUUCCCUUUCUUCUUCUUCUGCUUCUUUUCACCAAUCUACUUCCGCACCAGCAACUACAGGUGACCAGCAGUGGUUUCCAGCAUCUCAACCGAUGAUCGUCACCAGCUCUUCCUUCUAUGACCCCACUCAAGCCUCGGCCUUUACAGCCCAGCAGCCUACCAUGACCGUCUGGGACAACCAAUUCACACGUCCAAGUGGAGAAUACUUUCCUAGACAACAUACGACAUACCAGCAGCCGUAUCGCUUUGAGGGAGCAGGGACAAACCAGUAUUCAUUUGCUCAAGAUCAACUUCAACAGCAGCAGCAUUCUCAACCACGCCCCGUCGUACCCGCUGCACGGCGUUCGGCACGUGGUAGUGCUCGCUCUUCUGGGUACUAUAGGCAGGGGGCGCACAAAGCCAAGUAA